CAGCACACAACAACAUCCAGAGAUUGAGAAUUCUGAUCCAAUAUAUAGUAGAAGUAAUGACUUUUAGAGGGUUUGUCUUGUGUCUAAUUGUGGUCAUGGUGGCCACUAUGUGGACUCAAAAUGCAGCUCAAUCAGGUUGUACUAAUGCACUCACUAGUUUGAGCCCUUGUCUGAACUACAUAAUGGGAAGUUCAUCAACUCCAUCAGCUUCAUGCUGCUCACAACUCUCAAGUGUAGUCCAAUCUUCACCACAAUGUCUUUGCUCCGUGCUUAAUGGUGGGGGUUCCACUUUUGGAAUAACCAUAAAUCAAACUCUUGCUUUGUCUCUCCCCGGUGCUUGUAAAGUGCAAACCCCCCCUGUUAGUCAGUGCCAAGCUGGCAAUGGAGCAACAUCUCCUUGGGCUGCUCCAGUUGGUUCUCCAUCAGAUUCUUCAGCUGAAUCACCUCAAGCCUCAAUUACGCCUUCUGCUUCAGACUUUCCCUCAGGUGCAGGAUCUAAAACUGUGCCAUCAACAGACAGUGGUUUAUCAUCUGAUGGAAACGCUAUUAAAGUCCCUUCCUACUUGGUGCUCUAUCUUCUUAUUACCAUUGUGUCUUGUGGCUUAACCUUCACCAUGUUCUGAUUUUGAGCCAACAGAGGCUAGGGGUGUUCAAAUUUUAUGUUUAGCGUUCGUUGCCAUUGAAGAUAUUUGGAUUUGUACAAAUAAGGAAUGUUGAAUAGAAUUAUUUGAUAUGAAUUGAA